AGCCAACAACAACACCGCACAUACUCUCUUUGCUGCUGCAAUUUACCAUUCGCCGUGUAGCGAAAUAGCAGAGUACCGCGAAAAGCCGUGCAAACAACACGUUAUACAUGAGUGGAAAAUAUUUCGUGAAAAUUACAUAGCCAAAUAUAUUUUGAAAAAUACCUAUCAAAGGAAUUUUCAUUUCGUCUAUGUUUUACACACAUAUUCGUUUACCUGAAAUAUUGAAGUUUUUUGAAAUAAAUUCGGUAAACGUUUGAAGAAAAUAUAGUUUUCAUUGAGAAAUUAAUCGAGUGCGUGAAAGAAAAUAGUUAAAAUUUUCGGGGAAAAAUCCAAACUAGGAGAAAUAAGUGCAGAAAAACUAAAUAAAAUAGCAAAAAAAUAGUCUCUGGCAGCAGAAAGCAGCUAGCACAAGUAGCAUAAAUUGUACAGUACAUUUGCAGAUUUAUUGCUAAUUUUUAUUAAAGAACUUAAAAACCACAAACAAAAUGUCAGACCGCAAAGCAGUGAUUAAGAACGCCGAUAUGAGCGAAGAAAUGCAGCAGGAUGCAGUUGAUUGUGCGACACAGGCAUUGGAAAAGUACAACAUUGAAAAGGAUAUCGCCGCCUAUAUUAAGAAAGAAUUCGACAAAAAAUACAAUCCAACAUGGCAUUGUAUUGUGGGCCGAAACUUCGGAUCGUAUGUCACACACGAGACACGCCACUUCAUUUACUUCUACUUAGGUCAAGUGGCAAUUUUAUUAUUUAAGAGCGGUUAAAAACAACAAUAAACAAAACAACAGCAACAUACCACAAAACACAUACACACAUACUUGGAAAACGACAAAACAACUGAAUUUAUAGCAAAAUAAACAAGAAUUAAAUUUGAAGAAAAACGGCAAAGAUGCAAGUAAUCAUAAUUAAAACAUUAAAGAAAAAAUCAGCAGUCACAACAACACUAUCAAUAACAACACCCACUGGAAAAUCAACACCUCAACAAAGCAGCGCAAAUGUAUUAAAAAAUAUAUGUCUAUGAACUGUUGGGAAGAUGGCAAAGGCAAAAGCGAAAUACAAUCCACAAGUCGAAACUGACUGGUUAAUGCUAAUUAACGACGAUCUGGGCAUGUGUGGUUAGGACAAGUAAAAGGUUGGGGAGAUUUUACGAAAACAACAAUUAACACAUAAAUUGUAAAUGGAAAGUAUAAACUAACUGGUUUGGUGAAGCAGAAAUGCAAUUUUUCAUAUCUUCGCUUAAAUCUUGGGAAAUUAUACAUCUCGCACCCGAAAUGUGCUUGUCCAGCAUGCGUUUGCGUGCUUGUGGAUUGUGGAACCUAAUAUGAAAAAAGCAGCCUUGUUUGUUUUAUUUCCACAAAAGCCAUUUAAAAACCCCACUGGAAUGCAGUCUACCACGAAAUGGCAUGGAUUUGGAUUGUGGAACCUAACAUAAAAGGCUGUGCAAAUGCUCAAUUAUCACUAUGGGCAACUUCAACUUACACAAAUACGCUGAAUAGCAAUAAUUAGGAUUGUGGAACUUAAGGUAUUAAGCUGUAUCAACACUACACUUCCACUGUAGCGCAAUUAAACUCAAGCAAAACUCCGCCUUAUACGGGAGAUAGCAUGAAUUUGAGUUGUAGCACUUAACCGAAAAGUCUAUUUAAACACUUCGUUUCCACUGCAAUCAAUACAUUUAAACCAAUACGCAGCACAUACUCGCAGGGGUAUGGUUGAGGAUUGUGGAACUUAAUUCGAAACCUAGCACAAUUACUUACUGCGCUGACUCGCUUUCCUACAUCUUUGCUUGCAUGCUUUCUGCAACAGCUUCUUAACGCGUCAAACAAACAGUCUAUGAAAAGGUUCCCCAUGCAGCUCUAACUACCUGCCAAGAAGUACUGGAACUGCGUUACGCCUAUCGUUUAGUCAUGUCAUUUCGCAUUUCGCAAGCGCAUCCCACACUAAAUCUACUACAAAAUUUCACACUUGAGAAAUUUAGCGAUUCAAGGACUUGACAACAGCAACAACAACAACCAAUUCACUACUACUAUUAUGGGCACAAUACACAACAAACACAACCUACACCCCAGCAUAGAAAUGUUGUGAGGGAAAAAUUUCGCAGAUUCAGUAAAAAUGCAGAAAAUAGUAGAAAAUAGCAGAACAAAAACAAAUCUCAAAUGGAAUGAUGGAAAAUUAACAUUUUAUGCGUAUUUGUAUUAGUAAUAUCAGCAAGCAACAACAGCAAAUUAUAUAUAUAAAUAUAUAUAUACACAUAUAUAUUUGUUAGGCUAAGUGACAAGAAAAAAGAAAAUUUAUGAAAAAGAAUUAUUGCAAAUUGCGUAACACAAUACAAACAGAAAAGCGAAAACCAUCGAUAGAGAGCAGCCGAGAUGAAUGCAAAAUCCAAAUCCUUUUAUAGAAUUAGAGAAAUCUCUUGAGGAAAUUGAAAGAAAAAUUGUAUGCAAAUAAAAAAUUUAGAAAAUUGUAAAAGACAUAACUAAAUAUUUCCAUCCACAAUUAUAAUUGAGUAAAUCGAAAGAGAGAGAGAGAGUGCAGAGUGCGCGUUAAGUAGACUAUGGUAGGCGUGAAAACGAAAGCCGAAGGAUAAAUAAAUAUUGAGGAAAAUGUAUGAAGAAACAAUAAUUAUGAGCUGACAAACACAAACGCCGCGUCGUAUUGCUUCAUACAAAAAAUAAGGCCACCAAUAGUGGCAAAUGAGCAAAACACUCGACAACCUUAAUGUGAACGCAUACAAUAGCAAUAAUUAUAAAAACAACUAAUAUACAUAUAAAAAGCACGAAUUGGAUGCAGAUAGGCAAAAGAGAGACGAGCAGUAUGUUGCGCUGCCGGCGGCAGCCACUAAGUAGCGUAGCAGCAUAUGGAUGCAGCAGCAGCGAGCGAAGUUACAACAGCAGCAAAAACAAGAACAAGCGGCGCAUACUAGGCUAUAAUUCGAAUUAAUGCUAAUAUUUUCUUCUGUAAAAUUUCUAUUUUUUCUUUACUGUUAAAUAAAUUGUAAAUGUUUUCUGAUUUGUAAAAACAAAAAUCGUUUUAUGAGUAAACAAAAAUGACGCAAAAAUACAAUUUUAACACUUCUUAAA